UAUUUAUUUAUUUUUGAGGAAAGUAAAGUCCAAAAAGUUUGGUAAGAGUGAAUAAUAUUACUACUACGUUAGCGUAAGCAAAUGCAUGUAAUUUCAUCAUCUUCUCUCACUCCUCUUCCCCUAUAAAUACUUGCUUUAUCAUUAUUCUCAUAACUUCCUACUAAAUCCAAAAAAUCCACUCUUUCAACAAUUGUAAAAAUAAAAUAUAUAUAAUACUCUUUUUAAAUAAUUUUUGGAUAUUAAUUAGUUAGAAUUGUUAAUUAGGAAACAAAUUAAAUUUAAUUAAGAAUUUGAUAUGGGUAAAGGAAGAAAGCCGUGUUGUGACAAAGCGGGUGUAAAAAAGGGACCGUGGUCUCAAGCUGAGGAUUUUAAGCUCAUCUCCUUCAUUCAGAAACAUGGUCAUAAUAAUUGGCGAGCUCUUCCUAAACUUGCAGGAUUAGCACGAUGUGGCAAAAGUUGUCGUUUAAGAUGGGUUAAUUACCUUCGACCAGAUCUAAAACGCGGUGAUUUCACUCCCCAAGAAGAGGAAAUCAUAAUCAAGUUACAUGAAGCGCUGGGAAACAAAUGGUCGAAGAUAGCAUCACAUUUCCCGGGAAGAACUGACAAUGAAAUAAAAAAUGUAUGGAACACUCACUUAAAGAAACGCCUCAAAGAGAAACGUUCUAGCAAUGAUUCUCCUAUAUCAUGUAACGCAUCAUCCUCAACAAAUACUCCUAAUGAAAUUACUAUUGAUGGAAGCGACAACCAACAUUGCUAUAAACAAGUCCUCACUCAACAAACAAUCACAAACAACGACACGAUAGAGUAUUCAAGCUCAUCAUCUACCUCUUCAAACUCACAAGCCUCAUGUUCAUCGGACCAUCAAAUGAUCGAAAAUGUGGAGCACCCUAAUAAGGAUGAAACAAGCGCGUGUGUGGGCAAGAACAUCGAAAAUAAUAAUUCACUAGACGAGCUAUUUGAAAUUCCUUACGAGCCAAACUUGGACUUAUGGGACUUGUUACAUGGAGACAAUAAUGAAGUCCAAUUCAAAGAUGUUGACACACCAAUAAUAUAUGAGAAUGACAACAAGAAUGAAAAUGUAAAGCAAGGUGAUGGAAGUUGGUGGUGGUUAGUAUACUUGGAAAAUGAACUUGGACUUGAUCAUCUAAAUCAGUCUACACCACUACAAUCUACCAACAAUACUACUUCAAGUUCAAACCAUGACUUAGAUUUUAAUUUCCUUCUAAAUUCACCUAAUUAGUUAAUUAGUUCAACAUCUUCAAGUUGAUAGUAUAUAAUAUGUAUAUGUAUAGAUAAUAUUCAGUCAAAUGUAGAUUAUUGACAAAUUAAAAGUUAGUUUGUCAAGGAUUUAUAAUUCGUACUAAGAUUGGACCAAAAUUGUUCAACUCCUCAUAUAAUUAAUGGUGUUAAAUUUUUAUGGUUUACACCGGCCGUUUGAAUA